UAACAUUAUAUUAUUUUGGUUUGAGUCCCAUAUAGACUACAUUGUAUACUGUUUUCGUGGCACUGAUUUGCGUUUUUCACAGAAUUAGUUAAAGUGCAGCGAAAGUGGUCGGUGUCCGCCAAAUGAUAAUCUGUAUCAAGAGUCGCAAGUACUUAUGCAACCGACAGCUCCCGAGCGGCAUUCGUUAGUGGCUCCAGUGGCGGACCACACCUUACUCUGAGAGCCAGCAAUUACUGUGGACAACGUUCAAACUAACAAACGCGAAGUGCCAUUGUCGUGAUCUAAUGUGAUAUUUCUAAAGUGCUAAACGAACAAAAUGAAUCACCGAAUUGUUUUAACGUUGUUUUUGUUAGCGGCAGCACUGAUUUUAGGUAAGUGUCAGUCGUUAUCGUGUCCAUCUGUUCGGACAAGCAGCGGCUGGCUGGACCUAUUCCCGCUGCCGUGCCGUAAGCAUGGAGAUUGCGGCGUGAUGGGCUCCCAGCACCUCUGCUGCAAGGGCUUCUGUACAAAGGGUGUGAAUAGAGCAGCCGCUGUUCGUGGUGAGCCGAGCAGUAGUGUAGUCGAGUUGAGUAGCAGCACAAGUAGCACCAGCACCACAACUAGCACCACAACGACCACCACCACCACAACGACCACGACUACAACUCCCAGUACCACCACCACCAGUUCCACCACCACGACGACCACACCGGCGCCGACCACCACCACGACAACCACCACGGAACCGCCCAGACCGUUCUUCCAGCUGCUGCCUAUACAGAACUCGCCCACGUCCGCGCCUGCAGCGCCCGCUAAAGUCGGGAAAACCCAGAAAUACGUGUGUCCAAAGAAGGCGGCUCCCGUGGUUUUGUUCCCGAUCCCCUGCGAGACCAACGCCCAAUGUAGAGCAAGUAGUGGGGCAGACCAGGUGUGCUGUCAAGGACGAUGCGUCAAGGGAGAACCAGCUCCACGGCCCACUGUGCAGCAAAGCCAUCAACCUCUACUUGGCGUGAUACCUCGCGAGUGUCCCGCGGCGCCACUAGGCGAGUUGCUGUUUGAGGUGCAGUCGUGCAAGUCUGACGCGGACUGCUGGCCGCGUGUUUGCUGCCCUGAUGGCACCCGCUCCUAUUGCCGCACUGCGCGCGCCCGUCUCGACCUCGUGCCUGUUGCCAACGCCAUUGAUGCACCUCUGCGGUCAUUCGAACAGUACUUGCAAUGUACAGCGCCGCCGCAAUACGACCCAUUCCCGCAACGCUGCAGCUCGAGCGUAGACUGUUUUCCGAACCUGUGUUGUGCAGAAGGUGGUAAAAAACAUUGUCGUCCUCCGCAGCGUAGCCUUUUCUCUCUACUCGCUGGUGUCACACAGAGAUUCGGAUAGAAGUUCGAAAUGCCAGCUUAAGUAAAUAAAGGUGUGUAAGAAAAAUAUGUAAUUUAUGUUUUAUACU